AAGAAAAUCUAUGUCAUCAGCACCAGGGAAGGCUGGGGCAUUGAAAUAAAGAUCAGAAUCCGCACUCGCUCCAGAAGGAAUUCCACAAGCGUCAAAGCCUCCAGACAGACAGAAAUGGUGAAGAUUACAUUUCAGCAGGUCGCGGGACAGAAACCCGAGAAGGAGAACGAUGCAGAUAAAGCGGAGAUUCUCAUCCCCUGUCCGCACGAGGAGCUGGUUCUUCCUCUUCGGCCCAAAAGAUCUCCUCUCAGUGGCCUAUGUUGCCUGACCUUUGGCCUGGUGGUCUUCAUGUGUGUGCUUGUGCUGGCAUCGAUAUGUGUCUAUAGGUACUACUCCAUACCACAGGAGCCUGAGGAUAAUAUGUUUCACUGCCGCGUGCUGUACGAGGACCCCAUCUACGCCCCGCUGCGGGGGCGGCAGGAGCUGGAGGAGAACGUGGGGAUCUACUUGGAGGACAACUACGAGCAGAUCAAUGUGCCCGUUCCCCACUUUGGCGGCAGUGAUCCCGCUGACAUCAUCCAUGACUUCCACCGGGGCCUGACAGCCUACCAUGACAUUGCGCUGGACAAGUGCUACAUCAUCGAGCUGAACACCUCCAUCGUCAUGCCCCCGAGAAACCUCUGGGAGCUGCUGGUUAACGUCAAGAGGGGGACCUACCUUCCCCAGACCUACCUCGUCCAUGAGGAGAUGGUGGUGACGGGCCGGGUUCGAAACAUGAGGCAGCUGGGGGCCUUCAUCUACAGGAUGUGCAGAGGAAAGGACACCUAUCGGCUCAAGAGGCGGGGAUCUCGCAGACGCAUUGACAAGCGCGAAGCACGCAACUGUCACACCAUCCGCCAUUUCGAGAACACAUUUGUGGUAGAGACGGUCAUCUGUGAAGAAGCCUAAGACAGGGGUUCCGCUUUUUGGCAACGUCUGACAUUUACGCAGAUUCACCUCCAAUACUGUAGCUCUCUUCAGCGUAUUUAGUUUGACUGCACUUUAUAAGCAUGAUGUAUUAUAUUUCGUUUAAGAAAUUAAUUUUGGUUUGUUUUGUCUGGUUUUAUUUUUUGUCCUGAUUUGUUUAUUUUUCUGUCGUUCUGUUAUAAAAUGCGUUGUUUGUCGUACCAAUAAAAUCUGUAUAUUUGAAUAUAUUUAAGAAAUUUCAAGAUCAGUUUUAGUCUUGAAGUUUUGUUCUUUGUUUUUUAAUCAUACUGUUCUUAAUGAUUUUCCAAAGUGAAAUGAGGAAUGUUUACUGUAUCAGCUGAGAGAAAAGAGGUUAGAUUCUUAUUUUGUUUUCAUGUGUAUCCCCCUUCCUGUGGGGGAACAGUGCACUGUUGAUCCACUGAUAUCCCAGGAUAUCCCAUGUACAAACAGUGCUUCACUAUGUACAAACUUUUCCAUUUGCUAUUUGUCACAUGAUUGUAUCAUUGUUUCUACUUUCUCCUUUUGGGGGAUUGUAAAAUAUGUUUCUUCUCCUUCCCAUGAAUGCUGUUGAUUCCUUUUUUCUCCUGUUGUACGAUCAAAUCACCUUGUGUUUUGUCUGGGUGGAAACAGGCAGGCCCCGGGACUUUAAAUUCCGGAAACUGGAUGAUUCCAUUUCACAUUAAGAGGGUUGUUCUGGACCAACUCAGAUGAUCCAGACUUUUGGUUCUGAAAUUACGUUAUUUUUUUUUUUUUUUUUUAAAGUCUUUAACCUAUUUAUUAAUGUUUGGUUAGCACAAUUGAUGUCACUGAUCUAGCUUUUCCAGAACAAUCCUUUUCCUUGAGAUGGAGCUUGCUAGAGGGGUGUCCCCCAGGUGCAGCUCUUAUUGUUUCCCAAAACGCCCUUUCCCGCUGGUCCCACCCAUUUGAGCUCACCAACAUGCCAAAGUUCCACCCCCAUUUUGCCAUGGCCAAUUCUUCCCACCUUCUACCUUUUUUCCUCUGCAUGUUUCUUUGAAACACCUGUACUGUUAGAAUAUUUUAUAAGACCACAAAGACAAUGCCUUGGUUCAGAAACUGAACUGAAGUUAUCGCUGUUGCAAGAGAACUUUAGAAUAUUUAAUGUUCAGUCUACAAUACCUGAUUUGACUGAUACUACUGUAUAUUCUGUCUGCUUGUAAAGCCCUCCUACCUGUGAAUAAACUAGAUUAUCCAAAAUGUGGAA